CCCUCACCUCCCUCCUCCCCGACACCUGCUCCCCGCGUCCUGCCUGCGUCCGUUCCUUACAGUGCCUCGCGAAGGGCCACCAGGAGCUCUACACGAGAACCCUUGACUCUGGCAAGCCUCGAAGAGCGACGAUCGUUGCUGUGAGGCGCGAGUGAACGCCCUGACCAAGUAUGGAGGCAUGAGAAGGAGCCCGGAGACAAAUAAGGCUUGAGAAUAAACCUGAUCUUCGCUGAGUGCUGGACAUUCACCGAAUCACAGACGCGUUCCCAAUCACCCGCGUCAGCGCCGCCACGGGUAGCGCUGCACGGCCAAACCUGCAACAUUUCCUGCUAUAAAAAAGCGCUGAACUUGAAACAAAAUCCAGACGGACGAGAAAUCCAGAGAUGGUUCGUGACACCUCGAGAGCAUUUGACUAUGUGACGUCACCGCCCGAGGUUCCGCCCCCUCAGUGCUGAUUGGUCGGUGGGCGGGGCCAUCGCCGCCACCCGGUACUCGAGGACUUCGCACAAGACGGGCACGAUCCUUGUUUGAAUUUAUAGGUAAUAUACGUGGGCACGAUUACGGUUCAUAUCGAUGCACGGACGUCGCCUCUGUCACACUGGAGGAUUUCCACGGGGCAUACAAAAUCACCUGCAUGCAGCCACCCUCCCCCAGUGUUCCCCUGACGGCGCAUGCAGCACCUUUGCCGCGGUCGGAGGAAAGGCACAUCUCCUAACCCCUUCUGGCCCGGAGGUGACGAGAUGAGAUGCUGGCGGAGAAGAUGUCAGCCCCGGCAUCCUCAGUAGCGUGAACCAGCUGACCACAGGUGUGCACUGCAGGCGUUGCGUGGGACCGCUCCACCUGCAUGACAGAUAAGCUGGUGGCGCCUCGCGGUGUGAUGUGAGGAGGAGUGAGCCCGUGAGCAGAAAGUUCAUAAGGGCAUAAGGAAGUAACAGAGAGACCUUGGACAUGGGACCACUACAGGUGUGCCUAACAGAGGAGAGACAUGAGGGUGCACAGUGAGGGCGCCACAGGGGGAUGUUAGUGGCCCCGCGCAGUGUGGAGUCGCCUCCGGCGGCCUGCAAGAUGGUGACAGCAGACGGCACGCCUCUGGUGGAGACAUGCGUCCUCCUCCCGGCGGAGUUUGCCCUCAAGGUGGAGACGCAGCCGAGGAUGGCGUCGUUCCUGCACCUUCUGCCUCAGCUGGCACCGAGAAGCCACCUGUCACGGCCCCUCCUUGACCACCUGGGACCGCCGCCCUUCCCUCCGGUGCCGCCUCAUCUCGGCCCUCUCGCUCCAGCUUUAAACCCCCUAGGGGCGCCCCUCAACCGUCUCACCGUGCCGCCCGCAGAGGAUUGCAUCCAUGUGUGCGCCACGCGUCACUUGCCGCCCCACACCCGCUACCUCCCCUUCAGCGGCACCGUCAGGACCGACAACCUGCCUCUCGUGCCCUGUCUGGCGCCCAUGGACCCGAGACAGCGGUACGGCAGCUAUGACGAGGUGUGUCACAGAGCAGCGGGCAGGGUGAGGCUGUGUAACUGGGUCCGUUUCGUAGCCCCCGCCCUGCACUUCACGCCCCAGGUCAACAUGGUCGCCUCCAGGGUCAGAGGCUCUGUGGUGUUCGAGGUGGUGCGGGAGGUGUCACCUGGGGAGCGGCUGGUGGCACUACUGCUGCCGGAGAUGGGCGGGGAGGACGUCCUGCUGAUGCCGGCCCUCUCGCUGCUCCGAUCGUCCCUCUACCGCCGCACCAUUGACUCCAUCAUGUCAGAGGCGCCCCUUGACCUCUCGCGGUCCCUCCUCACCUCUCCACCAUCGCCUCCUCCUGGGUUCUGCACAGGCAGCGCCAAACGGAAGCCAGAGGAACUCUCGCCCCGUCGCUCGCCCUCACCACAUUCCCCGACCUCCACGAUGGCCUCUGUGGCUUCGUCAUUCUUCCCCUUGAGGAAGCCUGAAUCCAGCGUGUUCUCUCGUGAAGUAGCGACUCCCGGGAGAUCCCCCUUCUCUCUGAGCCUGUCACCACAAACACCAGUAUCGGCAUCCAGCAGAAGUCUCGGCUUUGCGACGCCUUCCAGCAACGCCAUCACCUCGCUGCCUCGCUCCAGUGAGGCGCAUCUGACCAUCACUCCCACCAAGCGGCGAGAGCGGACGAUGCUUCCGUGCUCGGAGUGCGGCAAGGCGUUUGACCGGCCGUCGCUGCUUAAACGACACAUUCGAACCCACACAGGCGAAAAGCCCCACGCGUGCGACGUGUGCGGCAAGGGGUUCUCGACGAGCUCCUCGCUGAACACCCACCGGCGGAUCCACAGCGGCGAGAAGCCCCACCAGUGCGGCGUGUGCGGCAAGCGGUUCACCGCCUCGUCCAACCUCUACUACCACAAGAUGACGCACGUCAAGGAGAAGCCACACAAGUGUUCGCUGUGCACGCGUUCCUUCCCCACCCCGGGCGACCUGCGCUCCCACAUGUUCGUGCACAACGGACAGUGGCCCCACAAGUGCUCCAUCUGCGGCAAGGGCUUCAGCAAACUCACCAACCUGCGCAACCACGCACUCCUGCACGCAGACGUGAAGAGGAAUGACUCUUCCCUGGGGUCGGCGCCUCCUGACGUCAGCUCUCCGGCCUCAGAACCUCUCUCAGUCACGCCCACCACAUCCUUCUUGGCUCCCUCUACAUCACAAUCUGUAAUAUCCACUCCAUCUACCGCGACGCCCUCUCCUAACACCUCUCCAUCACCCCCUCCCUCAUCUACGCCGCCGCCCUCCUGCACCAUCGCUUCAGAGUCACACGCCGCUCUUCCCUCCUCACCAGCGUCGAGACAAGAUGAUCGUCACCAUUCAGAGGAAGCUUCGGGCCGCGUCGUCAUAACCCCAGUCGCCAGCGGUGACCCCUCAGCACCAAGGACCAGCUCCUCUCACCCUCCCCCUGCAGCAGCGCCCAGCACCUCCCCCGCAUCAGGAGACGAGAAGAAAGCCUCCUCCAGUACCUCCAAGAGCCACACCUACACGCGGUUCUUCCUGGAUGAUCUCCUACACUCACCCAGGAUACGCGCCUCAUCUGCAGAAGCUUCAAUGCCGCGGAAACACGAGGAAACUUUCUCUUCCGCUGAGGGAAACGCGGGCGGAAAAGAAAGUAGUACUGAUAAGGAGACAGCGGAAGAAAAGGAGAACGAUAACGAGGAGAUACAGAUUAUUGACGACUCUCGCGCCUCUGAGGAAAGGAAAGCGAGGGAACAGGACGCUGCCAGUAGGUAGCGCUGCCGCCUGACCGGAGUCUAAAUCGCACCUUCCGUUCCGACAGCUCCUCACGUUUCCUUCCCGUAGACUCGUGCUUGUAUAGCUUUACCUGUUACCUGGAGCUUUAAACUAGAGGUGUACCAAAACGAGAUUAUUAGAAGAGGAGAUAUAUAAAAAAAUUGCGAGAGAUUAGUUUUUAUCUAUAUAUGUGACGAAUCGUGUAGGUUUCGUAGAAUAGGAACGAUUAUUUUUCUUGUUAAAAAUUUCUCUGUGUUUAUAUCGAGUCUUCUCCAUCGUAAUGCGGCAUUUCAUCGUCAAGGGAGCUACUUAUUUCUUGAGGUUUAUUACCGGUAAACAGACAUACAGACAUACAAACGGAAGACAGAUACACACACCACGAAACGCACACACACACACACACACACACACACACACACACACACACACACACACACACACACACAAACACACACACACACACACACACAAACACACACACCUCCUCUUUCUCUUCUUCCUCCUUUCUUGUUCCACCUUAUUCUCCGCCUCCUACUCCUUCCCCUCCUCUUUCUUCUCCGUUUCUUCCUUGUUCCACCUUACAUAUGUUCCACCUCAUUUUCCUCCUUUCCAUCUCCCUCUGUUUCACAACCUUUCUUCCUGUGUUCCACCCUCUUCCUUUCCACCUUGAGUUCUCAGUAGCGGAACCUUCCUGUCAUCUUCCAUUUCACAUUCACCCGAGGCUGGACGUGCAAUAUUCUAGGACUAGAGUGUACGUACGUAUUUAUUAUUAUAUGUGUCGUUUCAGAAAAAUAAAAAGCCCUUCCUAGUU